GUCCGAUGUGGCUCAUUAGCGAUUUACUUUUGAGGACGCUUACACGAACAUAAUGUCGGCCGAGGAAGUGAACGAAGUGCAAGUCGAAGUGGCUGAAUUGGGAGAAUUGGAAGCUCUCCAAGAAGUGUUGAAGAAGGCUUUGGUCCAUGACGGCUUGAAGCGCGGCCUCCACGAAAGCGCCAAGGCGUUGGACUCCCGCCGUGCCCGCCUCUGCGUGUUGGCCCAAGACUGCGACGAACCGUCUUACCAAAAGUUGGUCCGUGCCUUGUGCGAAGAACAUGGCGUGAACCUCAUCAUGGUGCCCAGCGGCAAGCAAUUGGGCGAAUGGUCUGGGCUGUGCAAGAUCGACGACAAGGGUGAGGCCCGCAAGGUCGUGUCCACGUCCGUGGCCGUUGUCACCGACUUUGGUGAGGAACACCGCGCGUUGGACGUGCUCUUGAACUUCCUCAAGAACCGCGUGGAAGCUUAAACCACAUUUCUCUCCCUACCGGGUUUGGUAAUAUCGCUAAUAUACCAAACUCCACAACCACCAAAUCAAUCCGACAACCAAUAGUAACUGGACUAAUCUGCUCAAAUUGCACUAAUAUGCUCAUAUAUGUGGUGGGGUUGGUUCACUUGUGGGUCUAAAUGA